ACAAAGUCAGUAUUGGUGUCUAGUGUCACGGAGUCUGUUUCCUGUCUCGACUAACCUCUCAACUGGCAGUUGUGGAUCUGUGGUCUAGUUGCCUUAUCAAAACCUUGUCGUCCCAUCUACAGUAUCAUCCGUCAUUUAUCAUCAGUCGUCUGUCAGCCAUCAUGAAGCUCCUCGUAUCAACGCUCCUGCUGGGCGCAACCUCUGCCGCCAUUACUCCUCAUCAACAGGUCCUUAAGAACCAACCGAAAGGGGCACCUCCAUUGAAGGAGGCAGUUAGGCCUGUUUCGACUGCAUGGUCUAAAUCACUGCACUCCCUUGGAGAGUCCAUCAAAGGCAUGACUUCGGAGGCACAAGCAACGUGGGACGAGGUAGCAUUGCACUUCCCCGAGGCCAUCGAAAAGACGACUCUUUUCUCUUCCCCAAAGCCUCAUAAUAGAAAGCCUGAUAGCGCCUGGGACUAUGUUGUCAAGGGCGCGGAUGUUCAGAGCGUCUGGGUUGAGAACUCCAACGGUGAGAAGGAAAGAGAAAUCGACGGCAAGCUUGAGGCAUAUAACCUCCGGGCUAAGAAGGUCGAUCCAUCAAAGCUGGGCGUUGAUACUGUGAAGCAGUUCAGUGGUUACCUGGAUGAUGAAGAGAAUGAUAAGCAUCUCUUCUACUGGUUUUUCGAGUCCCGAAACGACCCCAAGAACGACCCCGUAGUCCUAUGGCUCAACGGCGGCCCUGGCUGCUCAUCCCUCACCGGGCUAUUCUUUGAGCUCGGUCCGUCAUCUAUCGACAAGGAUCUCAAACUUCACCUCAACCCAUACUCAUGGAAUGCAAAUGCUUCAGUCAUCUUUCUCGAUCAACCCGUCAACGUUGGUUAUUCAUACAGUGGCAGUUCCGUCAGCAACACCGUUGCUGCCGGGAAAGAUGUCUACGCUCUCCUCACACUAUUCUUCAAGCAAUUCCCAGAAUAUGCGAAGCAGGACUUCCAUAUUGCUGGUGAAUCAUAUGCCGGCCACUACAUCCCAGUUUUCACAUCGGAGAUUUUGUCGCACAAGAAACGCAACAUCAACUUGAAGUCAGUACUCAUCGGUAACGGUCUUACUGAUCCGCUAACCCAGUACGAAUACUACAAACCAAUGGCCUGUGGAGAAGGUGGAUACCCGGCUGUCCUCGAUGAGGGUGAAUGUCAAGCUAUGGAAAACUCCCUUCCUCGCUGCCAGAGCCUUAUUCAGAACUGCUACGAUAGCGAGAGUGUUUGGUCUUGCGUUCCUGCGAGUAUUUAUUGCAACAACGCUAUGAUCGGCCCAUUUCAGAGGAGUGGCCAAAACGUUUACGAUGUCCGUGAAAAGUGCAAGGAUAGCAACCUCUGUUAUGCUGAACUCGAUUGGAUUAGCGAGUAUCUGAACAAGAAAGAGGUCCAAAAAGAGCUUGGAGCUGAAGUUAGCAGCUACGACUCCUGUAACUUCGACAUCAACCGAAAUUUCCUAUUUCAAGGAGAUUGGAUGCAGCCAUACCACCGCCUUGUGCCUGGAAUUCUUGAGGAGCUCAAGGUCUUGAUCUAUGCUGGAGAUGCUGACUUUAUUUGCAAUUGGCUCGGAAACCAGGCCUGGACUGAAACUCUGGAAUGGCCAGGUCAAAAGGCCUUUAACAAGGCCGAGAUCAAGGAUCUAAAGCUCGAUAACGGCGAUAAGACCGGGAGGGUCAAGACCAGUGGGAAUCUAACGUUUAUGCAAAUCUUCGAAGCUGGCCAUAUGGUACCUGCAAACCAGCCUGAAGCUUCGUUGGACUUCUUUAAUCGAUGGAUUAACGGGGAGUGGUUCUAGAUUUAAUUACCCGUGUUCUGUUUAUACAGUUUUUGUGUGUUACACAAAUAGCUAGUAUACAACAAAUACCUUAUAGAUGAAGCGGCGGCGUAGUAGACAGGCAAUACAAUAGCAGAUCCCUCCUGCCUUCACGAAUCCUCUCUACAGCCCUCUGUAGCCCUUGACAGCCCUCUGUUGCCCUCGA